AUGAAACAUCGGAAUGUUAAUAAUGGUGGUAGUAAUAGAAGUACGAUUCAAUCUUUAUCAACUUCUAUUCUACCACCAUUAUGUUGGUCAUCAACAAGUUUAAUGUGUCAUCUUAAAAGUGAACAUUAUUUAAAAACUAAAAAUUGUCUUCAUAGUCAUUGGAAAUGGUCUCAAACAAAUAAAAUUCAUUCUACAACAAUAUUACUUGAUAAUAAUAAACAAAUAUUAUUUCAUCCAAGAACAAGUUCAUCAACACAAGUUAUACUUGCUGAUAGACCAUUACCAUUGAAUGGUAAACAUUAUUGGGAAAUCUAUAUGCCUGCUGUUUAUGGAACAUCAAUUAUGUUUGGCAUUGCAACUAAUGAACAACAAAUGUUUUCAUCUACAUUUACAAAUCUAAUUGGAAUUGAUCAACAUGGUUGGGCACUAUCACAUCAUGGUUUAUUAUGGCAUAAUGGAAUAUCAUAUUCAUAUUUAUCUCAAUCAAUGGAAUUACUUCGACCUAUUUUAAUUGGUUUAGAAUUUGAUGCUGAUGCACGAACACUUUCAUAUAUAAUUAAUAAUCAAUCAAUGGGCAUUGCAUUUCGUUGUAUACCAAAAAAUGUAUUAAUUUAUCCAGCUGUAUCAUCAACAAGUGCACAAAGUACAAUGAUUCUUAAACAUUGUUGUAAGAUAUGUUCGUCUUUACGUGAAAUUUGUUUGAAAUUAAUUAAAUCAUCGAAAUUAAAAGAGAAUAUUAAUAAUCAAUUGUUACCUCGACAUUUAAUUGAACAAUUGAUUAACCAACAAAAAACAUCACAUUUUAUUCUUACAACAAAAAACGAAAAAUAUCAAAUGUUUGGAGCUAAGAAACGUAGAACUAUCGCACCGAUCAAAGAACGAGACCCUGAUACACUUCUCCGUGAACAUAUUGUUAAAAAUACUGAUGCAUCACAUGUGCUUGUUUCAGAAUAUGAUGUUCUUGAUAAACAAAAACCAGUAUCAUUUUGGAUGCGAGAUCUUAAUAUUCCACAAUGGCUUUUAUUAGUCUUUGUUUCAUUGACUAUAAUUGUAUUUACAGCAUUUGCUUUAUUUACUGCAAUUGUUACAUUAAAAAAAGAAAUGGAUGGAGGUCCAUGUAAAUCAAAUACAGAUUGUCGUCGUGAUCUUAGUUUAAUUUGUAAUAAUUAUCGUUGUGGUUGUGCUUAUUCACAUUUUUGGAGUAAUUCAUAUAGUAUAUGUGAACGAAGACGAAUGGUCAAUCGAACAUGUGUUAAUGAUUCUAUGUGUGAUGCAUUUGCAAGUUUACAAUGUCAAAAUGUUCCACUGACUAAUGGAGCUAUUGAAUCUCAAUGUCAAUGUAAAACAUCUAUGUCAUGGAAUGGAUAUAUUUGUGUUUAUCAAAGUUUAUAUAAUACAUCAUGUCUUCUAGAUGCUAAUUGUGAUACAAGUCGAUAUUUAUUUUGUAAUUUAACAAUACAACUUUGUCAAUGUAAUUCAUCUAUGUUUUGGAAUGGAGAUUCAAAAUCGGGUACAUGUGAAUAUAAACGAACUGUUAAUCGAUAUUGUUAUCCAUAUGAUAAUAAUUGGUGUGAUGAUACAGGUCCUCUAGGUCAACGUCUUGUUUGUACUCGAUAUACGAAUCCUUAUGGAAGUGAAUAUGGUGUAUGUCAAUGUUCUACACAUGAAUUUUAUAAUGGUAGUGCUUCAUUAGGUAAUGGUAUUUGUGUACCACAUCAUUUAUAUAAUGAAUCAUGUACAUCAACAUCUCAAUGUGAUUAUCGAAUUAAUUUAGCAUGUUUAAGUAACCUAUGUUUAUGUCCAUCAGGUACAAAUUAUGAUUCAUCUAUUAAUAGUAAUGGUGUUAUGGGUUAUUGUAAAUCUGCUGCGGGUUAUAUGGAAAAUUGUACAGCUUCUUUAGUAUGUAGUUCAUCACAAAAUCUUUUUUGUAAUUUAUCAUAUUAUGGUGGAGCAAAUACGUCUGGUAUAUGUCAAUGUAAUAGUUCAUGGUCAUAUUGGGAUGGUACAACAUGUACAACAAAAUUAUCAAUUGGUGGUGAAUGUUCAAGUAAUAUACAUUGUAUUGAAGCGCAUGGUCUAUUUUGUAGUAAUUAUACACAAUCAAUAGGUACAUGUGAUUGUGAUAAAGAUCAUUUUUGGAAUAAUACAUGUAUAUCUAAACAAUGGUAUAAUACAACAUGUCCAUCAUCAUAUGUUUGUGAUGAUAAUCGUGGUUUACAAUGUCAAGGUCUUGGUGGUAGUAUGUUUCAAAAAUGUGAUUGUUAUAAUACAACUUAUAUUUGGGAUUCUUUAUAUGUUACAAAUCGAUCAUAUACAUGUAUACCGAAAUUAACAAAUGGUCAAUCACCAUGUUUUGGUGAUCUUGAAUGUGAAGAUUUUAAUUAUUUAAAAUGUAAUAAUGGUACAUGUGGAUGUUACUAUACAGAUUAUUGGGAUGGUAGUCGAUGUCAACCUAAAAGAAAUUAUGCAGAUCCAUGUUCAAAUACUUAUCAAUGUCGAGAUUUUAGUCCAGUUAAUUUAAUUUGUCGAUAUGGUACAACAUCACCAGUAGCGUUACAAUGUCUUUGUAAUACUACAUCUUAUUGGGAAGAAUGUGUUCAAGCAUGUCUUAUUUCAAAAAAAUAUCAUGAAUCUUGUACACUUGUUUCGAAUUGUACAACUAAUGAAUGUGAUAAAACAGCAAAUUUACAAUGUAUGAACGAUAGUAUUUCAUCACUUACAGGAUCUGGAUGGUGUAAUUGUACACAAUUACAAUGGUGGAAUGGAUCAUAUUGUCGAAAUAAAGGCACACCAUCUUGGGGAGUAAAUGCAAGUAAUGUAUGUAAUGCAACAUAUCAAUGUGCAGAUUACAAUUUAGUUUCUUGUCCACUCAGCACAACAUGUGAAUGUGCAACAACUAAAUAUUGGGAUGGUACUACAUGUAAAGAUCGAGUAUUAUAUGGUGAAUCUUGUACAUCAUGGCCUACUUAUCCGUUCUGUCAUAUUUUUUCCAAUAUAUUUAUUUAUAUAAAUGAGGAUAUGAUAAUGAAUGAAAAUAAUAUAUUAAAAUGGUUAAAAGAAUUUAAAUUUAAUUGGUUACCUCAACAUAUUUCAAAUGAUACUCAUUUAUUACAAUUAAUAACAAAUCAAAUUAAUGAAUUUGAACAAUUAUUAAUUCAAAAUAAUCAAGUUGAAAAUGAUUCAUCAAUUGAAAAUAACUAUCAAUGUACUAAUUCAAGUGAUAUAAGACAAUUUGAUCUUUCAACACAACAACAACAACAACAACAAUCGGAAAAUUUCUUAUGUAUAUCUUCGGAUAAACAUGAUGUUGAUAAUAAAAAACAAGAAAAUUAUUCUCGACCAGCUAUUCGUUUAAAACGUAUUUCAUUAGCUGAAGCUGAACGUUUUUUACCAUUAUCAUGGAAAACAAGUACAAAAUCAAAACCUGGUAGAAAAAAACGAAAAAUAAUAUUUUCGAAAUUUAUUUUCAAUGGAAAAAAAGCGAAGAAAGAUGCUCAAACAAAUAAAACAUUUGUAUCAACAUCUACACCCGAUGAAAGUAUUUUUCCUGCUGGACAAACUAUAAAUAAUUCAAAAAUUAAACAAAAAACAAUUCGAUCAAAAACAAUUGUCGAACAUCCAUCAACAUCAUCUAUUGCAAGUACACAAUCAGUUAAUAAUAAUAAUAAUAAUAAUAAUAAUAAAAAGAAAAAAAGAAAAUUACGUGCAAUGGAUGGUGAAGAUGAUGAUCUAUGUACAUUGGGAAAUUUAUCUCAAACAGAUGUUAUUAAUGGUGGUGACACUGAAUGUGAACAAGUAUCACGUUACAUAGGACAAAAUGGUAUAUUAUCUCAAACACGUAAAAUAAAUGAAACAACAAUAAAUAUUGAAAAUGAUAAAACAAUAAAACAAUCAAAAAAAUCGAAAAAAAAAAAAAAAUUAACUAAAAAAUCAUCUAAUCAUUCAAAUGAUCAUAGUGUUAAUACAAAAUCAAAUGAAUCAUCUCCAUGUGAAAUAUUAACUUUCAUCGAAGAUAUUGGUCAAAUACAUCAUGAAGAAAUAUUACAAGAUAUAACAGAAAAUGAUCAACAAUCAUUAUUUGAUUCACUUAAUAUAACACCUGAUAGAACAUAUGAAACAAAUUCAACAUUAAAUAUAAAUUCAUUUAUUAAUUAUACUGAUUGUAUCGAAGAUAUAUCAAACGAUGCUGUCGAUCUUCCUUCAACAACAUUAUCAUCGAAUAGUUUAUCUCAUGUUACUUUAACAACAUAA